AUGUCCGUCAACGUAUUUGCGUCGCCAGCCAUGGAGCCGGAUCGAGACACGUCUGCAUCCGCGUCCGCGACACCUGCCAUGCCCUUCGGCCCUCGUCUCACCCUGCCCCCUUCCACUUCUUCGGUUCAGGACCACACGCAACCUCUUUCCAAUCCCGGCAUGGACGAGUCUUUUGAUACCUUGGUCAGUCGCACCUUUGACCAGUUCUUCCGCCAUAUUCAUCAUAUUCCCAUGUACUCAUUCUUGCACCGUGCAUCGCUCAUGGAACAAUACAACGCCGGCAAGGUAGACAGAGCGCUCUUGUUAGCCCUCAUUGGCAUCACGUCAUGUUUGACGGACAUGGGAGCAGGCGUGCGCGAGUACGGUGACCGCUGCAUCGAGCGUGCCGAGCACGUCAUUUUUUCUGACUAUUCGCGACCAUCGACAUUCAAAGUCCAGGCUCUGGUCUUCAUGAUCAAGCACAGGAUACUGUCCAAUAAGUAUCCCAGCGCAUUCAUGCUCCUCAGCAUGGCAUCUCGCUUCGCUGCAGCUCUUCGCCUGAACCACAACAGCCCCAAUCUGUGCUUCUUAGCACAAGAGUCUCGAAGACGAUUGAUGUGGUCACUGUACUGCAUUGACACUGGUAUUUCAGCGGGGUACCGCGAUUUUGCCCUCUGGCGAGCUGACAGGAUCUUUGUCAGUCUGCCUUGCAACGAACGAAACUUUGAAUUCGACCUACCGCAAGCCUCCGAGAUGCUUGACCCUGCGAGAAACGGCCCGGGGAUUCCGCCCCCUGAAGACGUCGGGAGUCUGGCACUUCAUAUCCGCAUCCUCCAUCUGCGCCAAAAGAUUAUCGAGUUCACCAAAGACGUCCUUGUGAGUCGCAUCAUCACCGAUACGUCAAGUCUGCAGGCUCCUGUCAUGGCCUUGCACAAGCAACUAGACGACUUUGCCAGCCGACUCCCGUUUUCGUUUCAGUUCUCUGAAAGCUCACUCCGCCUGCGAGCAUACUCUCCCAGGAUUUGUGUUUUUGUCAUGAUCCACGUGUGGUGGCAUCAGUGCCAUUGCGAUCUGUAUCGUAUGACAAUGGCUGGCUUCAGGGAAGCCUUGCCCGAAGCCACAUUGCGGAACUUGGACCCGGCGUUUCUCGCUCACUGCCAACGUCAGUGCGUAGAACACUCCUCAGCAAUGGCAAGCAUAUUUUCUUCGAUGCAAAAACUCGGGGCGGAGCCCGUAGCCGAUCUGGAUCUGGCCCUCUGCGCGUAUCAGUGCGCUCGCAUGCUGAAAUAUGCGCUUCACGGCGGUGCCGAGAAGCUGGGGUUGACAGUCGAGUUGGUGACGGAAAAGGCCAAGGUUUGUCUGCAAACCAUCAAGCACUGCUGCAUGGGCCCGGCGGCGGGGGCCAUCCGAUGCGACUUGGAGCGACUGAUCAGCCAGGGUCUUGGAUCAGAAGUCUCCUCUCCACACGACACCGCGGUCGACUCCAACAGGGCCAACAAGGCGGGCACCGAUGCCCCGUCCAGACAUCCUGUCCUUCGAAACAUCGAGGUGACAGAGGAGCCAGGCGUGAUAUCCACGACGCAGACCGUAGCAAGCCGCACCAAUCCCCACCCCCCAGACUCCUUCAUCGACACGCCCGUGACCUCCGCGGCGAUGCAGACCUCGCUGUCGGCCCAGGAAAUGGCCACCCCAAGUACAUGGACUGCCGGGCCGACAUUUGACAGCAUGGCGGGAGCUACGCAGGCCCACGCCCAACCAGAGCCAAUGGAUUUGGCAAACCCGUCCAACAAGUCCGACGUAGGCGCUGGUGAGCUGAACAGCGCUUACGAGGGGGCGCUGGAGGUUUUCGACCAAGACAACGGACUGGCCCACGCCAUGGGCGUUGAGCUGACGCCCUGGAACUGGAGUGUUGAUUUGCAGUGGCCCGACUUUCUAAGCACUGGGGUGAGUGGGUGA